AUGUCUACUACUCGUCCUACUGUUACACACACUGGGAGGUCUACUUAUACUCCAUUCUACCCACCUACUAACAACGCUACAGUCAACUCGAACAGCACCACAAACGAUGAUUCUACAACAAGUAUCUUAGCAAAGGUGUUUGCGGACUCAGUGAACCUUAAUAGACUACCUAUACCUGAGCCGUCAGUGUUCACAGGAGAUCCACUUAGAUUCGUAGAAUGGAAGACAGCCUUUCAUGCAUUGAUAGAACGUAAAGGCAUUCCUGAGCAAGAGAGACUAUUCUAUUUGAAGAGAUACGUGGCGGGUGAAGCACUACAGGCCAUAGAUGGAUUCUUCUACAGUGGAAGCAGCUCUGCAUAUGAAAACGCCAGACAAGUCCUGCAGGACAGAUACGGACACCCAUUUGUUAUGCAGAAGGCAUUUAGGAAGAGACUAGAGAAUUGGCCCAAAAUCACAGAAGGGAAUUCAAAGGCUCUCAGAGAUUUUGGAGACUUCCUACUAGCCUGUCGAGAUGCAACGCCUCAGGUUCCAAGCCUUAAAAUUCUGGACGACUGCUCUGAAAAUCAGAAACUAUUAAGCAAACUUCCUAAUUGGGCUGCACUGCGUUGGAAUCGACAAGUUCAAGAAACUGUUGACUCUACUGGUGAAUAUCCAUUAUUCUCCAAGUUUGUGGACUUCGUUGUAAAGGAGGCUCGCAUUGUUUGUAAUCCAGUCUCGUCAAUCUAUGCGCUCAAGGACACUGACACUAAACCUGCCAGAGAGCACAAAAACUCGAGUCGCAAAGCAAAUGUCCUCGCAACGAAUUCAACUCAUCUGCACAAUGCAACGGGAACUGACAUGAGACCCAACUUAAGUGAUUAUUGUGAGAAAGAAGGACAUCCCUUGUUCAAGUGUGAGAAAUUUAAUAACUUGUCUAUUGAGGAUAAACGAGUGGUAGUGCGUAAGAAAAACCUGUGCUUUGGAUGUCUACGCAAGGGCCACAGAAACAAGGACUGCAAGAAGAAGCAUACGUGUGGUAUCUGCAAGGGAAAACACCCAACCUGCAUGCAUGAAGAUGAAUCACCAACAAGAAAGCAACAAUUAGAGGUCAAGGAAGCCAGUUCCUUUCGUGUGAGCAGAGGAUAUGGUCACAGCACCUCCAUGAUCGUUCCAGUGUGGUUUUCUGUUCAGGAGAACCCCUCGCACGAGAUAUUGACAUAUGCUCUCUUAGACACACAAAGUGACACUACCUUUGUGCUAGACGAAACGGCUGCUGCCUUGCAUGUGAAUAGACAACCAACACGUCUCAGCUUGUCUACCAUGACCUCACAGCACACUAUCAAUAACAGUUUCCGUAUACAGAACCUGAGAGUGAGAGGGUUCAAGUCUACCGAAUUUGUGACAAUAGACAAUGCAUAUACGAGAGACUUCAUUCCUGCGGAUCGCUCACAUAUACCUGAAAGGAAAACUGUAAUGUGCUGGCCACACCUGAAGGAGCUUAGCAAUGAACUACCACCUCUUCAGUCAUGUGAAGUUGGACUCUUGAUUGGAUACAAUUAUCCUCAAGCUCUUGUACCAAAAAGAACUCUAACAGGAAACGAGAACCAGCCAUAUGGCAUCCAGACACUGCUUGGUUGGAGCGUGGUUGGAUACACAGAUCGCACAAACUCGGACAUUACUGUUGUUUGUCACAGAACUUCAGUGAAGGAGCUGCAUAGCUGUACACCCAGGGAUGUCAUAAAAACUUUGGAGAAAGACUUUGCUCACGACAAGAAUGAAUAUAUAAAGAUAUCUCAAGAUGACAUCGCCUUCCUUAACUUUAUGAAAGAAAACAUACAGCAGCAUGAGGAUAAGCAUUUGGAAAUGCCUCUACCAUUCAAGGAGCGACCCUCCCUGCCCAACAACAAGUCACUUGCAUUGAUUCGCUUAGAUCAUCUGAAACGAAAACUUAAAAGAGACCAGACAUAUCAAGAACAUUACAAGACUUUUAUGAGAGACGUAUUGGAAAGAGGCGACGCCGAACCAGUAUCGUCAGAUGGUGUCAGUGGAAAUACAUGGUAUAUCCCACAUCAUGGUGUUUAUCACCCGAGGAAGCCUGGAAAGCUUAGAGUAGUGUUUGACUGUUCGGCAAGAUACAAAGACGCUUCAGUGAACGAGCAUCUACUGACUGGUCCGGAUCUCACAAAUGCUCUGACUGGUGUUCUGUGCAGAUUCAGACAACACCCUGUGGCUGUCAUGUGUGAUGUGGAGAAGAUGUUCCACCAGUUUGUUGUACAUGAAGCAGACCGAGACUUCUUACGAUUCCUAUGGUGGGAGGAUGGAAACUUAGAUGCAGAACCCAAGGAAUAUCGUAUGAGAUUACACCUGUUUGGAGCGGCUUCCUCCCCAGGAUGUGCUAAUUAUGGACUCAAGUUCCUAGCCAGAAGCCAAGAAGAGCACCUUCAAGCUGCAUCAUUCUUUGUGCAGAAUAAUUUCUAUGUGGACGACGGGCUCACCAGUGUUGAGACGGAAGAAGAAGCUAUCAAGUUGAUACAAGAUGCACAGAUUCUGUGUGCCAAUGGAGGAUUGCGUCUACACAAAUUUCGUUCCAACAACAAGAACGUAAUAAAUUCUGUUGCUGAAUCAGAGAGAGCGGCAGAUGUUAAAGACUUAGACCUUUCACAUGAACAAUUACCUAUGGAACAAGCACUUGGUAUAAAGUGGAACAUUGAAGAGGAUGCAUUUUGCUUCAAAGCUGUCGACCAGAAUGCAUCUCCUACUAGGCGCAGUAUGUUAUCCAUUGUAGCAUCAAUAUUCGACCCAUUGGGAUUCCUCUCCCCUUUCACUCUGACUGGGAAACGAAUACUGCAGGAGAUGUGUCAAGCCUGUGACUUCACCGACACCCUUGACAGUAUUGAGUAUGAGGCCCGUGACUUCGCCGACAUCCUAUAUUGUACUGCACCUAGUUAUAGGCCUGUGACUUCGCAGACAUUAUAUAUAGUACCUAGUUACCGGCCCGUGACUUUGCUGACAUCCUAUAUAGUACUGAGUAUGAGGCCCGUGACUUCGCCAACAUAUAUCCUAGAUAGUACUGAGUAUGAGGCCCGUGACUUGGCCGACAUUCUGUAUAGUACUGAGUAUGAGGCCCGUGACUUCACCGACAUCCUAUAUAGUACUGAUACUGAGUAUGAGGCCCGUGACUUCGCCGACACUCUAUAUAGUACUGAGUAUGAAGCCCGUGACUUGGCCAACAUCCUGUAUAGUACUGAGUAUGAGGCCCGUGACUUCGCUGACACUCUAUAUAGUACUGUAUAUAGUACUGAGUAUGAAGCCCGUGACUUCGCCGACAUCCUGUAUAGUACUGAGUAUGAGGCCCGUGUCUUCGCCGACAUCCUGUAUAGUACUGAGUAUGAGGCCCAUGACUUCAAUGACAUCCUAUAUAGUACUGAGUAUGAGACCCGUGACUUGGCCGACAUGCUAUAUAGUACCUAG